CGAGCGGAACGAGAUGGAAAUAAUUUAAACCACGUUUGUCAUUUUGCUUUGAGGAAAUAAAACUUAAAAUUCAGUUGCGAAGCGUUUAUCUUGUUAUCUGCUGUAUUAAAUUUGUGAAUCAUUAGGGAAUUGCCUCAUGCAAAAUACUUCUUAUGUGACCAGGGAAUACGUAAUUUAAUUUAUAUGCAUACGUAAUUAAUUGUUUCUUUAUCAAAAAGCCGCGACUAAACAGAUAACAGUUCAGCUUAGUGUUACUUAAAUACAAGAAAGUUAUAAAUAUUUUGACAGAAACAAAAGGAAUAUGUUUAAAGCAUUCAUCAUAGUGCCGUUUGUUGUAAUGUUAUUUCUCAAGACUGUGACGUCACACGGCGGACAUAAUGAAGGUCCGCAGACGAAAAAUGCCAUUCAGGACGCGUUAUUGUCAUAUCUUUGUCGCGGAUCUAAUGGACUCCCCUGUAACGCGCAUGGAAGUUGCUCCAGCGGCAUGUGCACGUGUAACCGUGGUUACAGUGGACGAACAUGUGAAAUCAAUGAUGCGGAUAUUAGUAGUUUCGGCCAAGAUGGUGGCACCUCCGGUAUGAACAAUAAUGGCGGAUUCAAUUUACAUGACCUAAUUCCACACCAUUUUACAGAAUCACCACAGGGUGGUCAUGCUGGCGACACUUCCGGUAGGGAUAAUAACGUUGGAGGAUUUAAUUUACAUGAUCUAAUUCCUCCUACUACGGAGCCACCGCAAAUUGUCGCGUGUUUAACAAACGACGAAAAUGCGUGUAGUGGGCAUGGCUAUUGUCAUGAGGGCUCUUGUCUGUGCGAGUCUGGUCACUCUGGUAUUAUGUGCGAAUUAUCGGCCGAAUUAGGGUUUUGUCGAACAUAUAAAGAUUGUGCCGAAUGUAUGGCUCUUAUGAAUGAUUGCCCUGAGAAAUGUUCUUUAAUGGCUAACUUCAAGCUUGUAUUUGGAUUCCAGAGGCAACGUGACGGUGGGACCUUCAGAAAAUGUCGUUUCAGAAACCCGGUCCGCAACUGCACAUUUUAUUUCAGACAAGAAAGUGUGUCGACACAAGGAAUGAAAACUAUUGCGGUAAAAGCCUGUAUGUAUUAUAACGAAGCAACAACAAAUACAAGUGAUACGGUAGAACAGCUAAAGGACAAACCUUUGCAACCAGUUACGUCACCGGAACCAAGUACGUCAUCACCUGAUGAUCAAUCAAACAUUGGGAUGGAUUCGCAAGAUACGCAUGAUUCACAUGCGCAUCACGACCAUGGAACUAUGGGUGAUGCCGACCAUGGAACUAUGGGUGAUGCCGGGAAACAGAACAGCAAUACGAAAGAUUCUGGUACCAGUUUCAUAAAACCGGAAAUGCUCCUGGUUGUCGGAAGUAUUCUAAUGUUAUUACAAUUUUGAAAACAUUCGAGCUGUUUGACUGACAACAAUCUUUUCAAAAGUCUGUGAGAUACAAACCUAUAAAAUUGACAAAAAAAUACUUUCUAGUCAAACAACAGUAGAAUCAAAAGUUCGGUUCCAUUUUAUGGAACCAAGUAAUAAAAAGAACUUACAUUCUGUGACAAGUGUAAGUGAUUUACAGCCAGAGUCGAUGAAAGGUAUGCAUAUGGGCAACUGUCCGCCUAAACUGUUCAGUUUGACAUCUCUCAACAGCGUGUGGAAAUGAUGAACAUAUGAAAGUAAAAAUGUGUUGUCGUUUUGUUGUUGUUCGUUUGUUUUUACAUUUUGUUUCUUUCUGAAGCAUUUAACUCUGAAAACAUUAAAUAAGUUUAGAACUACUGGCUGUAAUUCGAAUUUGAUAAAAACUGAAUUUCUGACUAUUGUUCAACUUACAGAAAAUGCAUGCAGGCCAUACUGAUCGUAUUUGUUUAACGUCUGUAUGGCAGAUUUGUUGACUUGCAGCGGCUAAAUAUGCACUGUGAACCUAGAUAUCAUUUUGGGCUUUUAAAGUUAACUAAAUUCGCAAGGACAACUUGAACAGUCGCGAAAUCUUUGCUAGCAAAAUGCAUUGCAAUAAUAUAACUAUCACGCGAUCAUUAUUGCCGCGAAGACAUUACCGUCAAGAACAUUUCUAGGUUUACAGUAUUUUAUUUAAAAAUACAUCUUAUUAAAAAAUGUUAACGGUCUACGAUUAGUCAUUCAGAAGUUGUAUUUAUUUUAACGUUGUUUUUAGGACAUUCUCUGAGUCCUGAAACUAUAUCAUUGAAUCAUGAUAUACAUGUUAUAUUAUCAUAAUCUACAUAUUAUUUUAUUGUUAAAACAUAAAAUGAUAAGAAAAAAGUUUCAUAUUUUAAUGUUGUUUCAACUGUUUGAAUGAAAGGGGAUACAAUUUGCCUCCAACUGUUAUAAAAUAAAUUGAUUGUGUAUGUACACACAAGUCUUUUUUCUUUCAAAGACAAGCCUGAAUUUUACAUGUGUUUGUUAUCAAAAUAUACAGUUGAAAGGUACUGCAUAAAAUUAAUAUACAGUCAUGUACCAGUAAAUAAAAAUCAUGGAACAUGAUCCAAUAAUCGGAUCGACUUUCGAAUCUGAAAAUUUAUUUCUAUGCCUGAACAUAAAAUGUUGAGUUAUAGCGCUUUUGACCAAAGCGCGUUGUAUACUGUUCGUUUGAGCAUGGCGUGUACGUUUGUUUUCCUGGGCUUUAAGGCAAUUGACCCGUAAUGACUUCCGGCAAUAGUCGUGCGGUUACGUAUUCUCGAGAUAUGAUUUCGGUAUUCUCCGACUGCUAACGUAAUUCCUACUAGCAACCUGCCGUAAAAUGCCGAAACCACAUCUGGAGACUACGUAACGGCACGCAAGUUGCCGAUAUAGUCAUUACGGGUCCAUUACCCGGCCUCCAGACAUUGUUUCAGGCACGAACGGGCACCUGUAUAGAACCACCGAUAAACCAUAAGAUUACUGGUUAGUUUCAUCUCUUGAAAUAAUCUUACACCAGAAGCGUGAUUUCGAAGUGCCAGUAGGGCAAGUGACCGGACACCAAAGAAAGUUCUUUAGAACGUUUAUUAUUUCUUCUAUAGAUCUACGGUCAAAAAUUGUUGCUAUGUGACCGGUAUUUAUUCAACUUGUACCUACAUACUGGGAAAAUUAAUUUCUGAUGUCAUGUAAUAAAACACUUACUGAAUGGCUUGUCUGUCAAUUGGUCAAAAAUACUAUAUAGUGCCCUAGGCUUGUUACAAAAUUUGUAAUUAUGUUGAAAAACAGAUGUCUUUGAAAAAUAAAAGGAUAUGUAAAUAAUUUAUUUACAAUGUACUUUAAGAUUAGAAUAGAUUGACUUACAGUCGUUAAAGUUCAGCGUUAAUACAGUAACAUGUUUUUUGUUGAUGUUGUUGUUGUUGUUUUUGUUGUGUUUUUGUUUUUGUAGUUGUUUUGGGUUAGGGAAGGGAAGGGGGAAAUAACGCAAUAUGUGGAUCACCAACUUAUUGCUUACAAUAUAUGUAAAUUUUUGUUUCAUUUUUAGUUGCCCUUGUAUGUAGAAAUGUGUUUUAGCAAUACAUGUAAAUGCUGACAAAACUCUGAAGUUUUUAAUAGCUGACAGUGAUUGGCAUAGUGUCAUAAUGUCUUGAAAUAUUUGAUAGCUUUUCGUCAACUUGUGGUUUUACUUUGAAACUAACAUAAAUUGGAUGCCAGCUUUUUUAAAAUUAUUUUUGAUUGAAUUUAUGGUCCGUGAAAAGAAAAUUUAAAUAUUUUGAUAAAUAUUAACAUAGUUUUUGAAAGUUCAUGUUUAUAUUUAUUAUAAGUUUAUUCACUAUAAUGUUCUGGUAUAGAUGGUCGUCGAAAAAUAACGUCGACAUACAGAGGAUGAAUGUAUACGUCGACUUGCAUGUACAUUCAAUUUACGUUGGGAAAUUGACGACAUACUGUACUGUAUGUCAGUUACACAUUCUUUAUCUCAAAAACAACACUGAUUUGAUAUAUUUAUGUUAAAAAAACGACAUAAAAGGAUCCGUCAACGUAAUGUAACAUUGAAUUAUUUGUCAGAACUUUAGUUUGACGCCAUUUUAAAUCAGUAUUUUAGUCUCAUUAGAUAUUGAACCCUAAAUGCAGGCCUGGUCGAGAGCCUCUUCUACCGCAACAGAAAUAAUCAAACAGGUUUCAAAAUUUCUUUACAGCCGACAUACAUACAAUUAUUAGAGAAGUAAAACUCAUUUAUCUCGACAUGUAUAUAACACGACUGGUUUACAAUCGAUUUGUCACUGUUAAUGAGCGCUGUUCAACUCGCUAACUAGACAAUAUAUCAACGUAAAUAACAUAAUUAUACAUUCAUCAACGGGACUUAAACAAAAUGAUAAUUUACACAACCUAAAUUCCGACAAGAUCUCCGGUCAAAAUUACUUCUAGACUUCUGUUAUUUUAUCAUGAAAAUUUUCAUUUCUUAUAUUGAUUUCCAACGAAAAAUGGUGUUAAAACGCCAUGUGACCAGAUAUACUUCAUAGUAGACUAGCAACUAGAUUGAAAAUAAAUAUAUUUCUACAUUUU